CGCCCCAAUUUCGGAAAAUGUCCACAUGACAAAUCAUGUGAUCUUCAAAAUAUCAAUCUUUUCCAUAAUUUUAUUUCAAUAAAUGUCACCGGCUGGAUGAGUCAGUUAUUAUCAUAAGAGGAAGAUAAAAUAAGUAUUAUCAUUAAGUUCGGGGAGAUCUGAAAACUGCAUUUGAGGCGAAAAUUCAGACAAUGACUUACAACAAUGAUUAGCAGGAUACGUUCAGCUAGUUUGAAAUCCAAACUGGAGAAUUCUACCUUGUCUAAACCAAGACCAUCUAAGGAGGACAUUAUAAGUACCAUUGAUGGAUUUAGUGGCAAUGCUGAGAACGGAGAAUCAUCAGCUCCUGAGAUGACAGAGGACAAUAACAACUUGACAAGACACAGCAGUAAAGACAGCGUCAACUCUGACUCAUGGGAAAUACCUGACAUGAAACCAAUUGGUGCUAGCUAUACAAAUGCUUACAGCACAGAAUGGGAGAAGUUAUACGCAAAACCAAAUUACAGAAGGUUGUUAAAACAUUAUGCAAUGCAUGGGUAUUUGAGAAGCAGCAGAUUUCGCAGUGUCAGCUGGAAGGUUUUCCUAGAAGUUUUGCCUGAUGAUGUUAACUUGUGGGUAUCUAAGACUAGGGAAUGGAGGAAUAAGUUUGAUGAUCUCAAAAACAGUUUAAUAGUGAAUCCUAGGAAGGCUGUAGACCAUAUAGAUCUAUGUGUCAACAAUCCACUAUCACAGGCAGAUGAGAGUCCAUGGAAUAGAUUUUUCCAGGAUAAUGAACUGAGGCUGACCAUUAAACAGGAUGUAAUAAGGACUUUUCCUGAGGUGCAGUUUUUUCAGUCUGAAGAAAUACAAGAACGAAUGAUAGACCUUCUUUUUAUCCUCUGUAAAACUAGGUCAACUAUUUCUUAUAAACAGGGCAUGCAUGAACUUCUUGCUCCUCUCGUGUUUGUUCUACACUGUGACCACCAAGCUUUCCUACAUGCUUCAGAAGUAGAAUCUUUGGGUUUGAUACCUACCUACCACAGGGAUAUCAUAAAGGAAGUUAUGAAUCCAUCCUAUCUGGAACAUGAUGCAUAUGCUAUGUUGUCACAAAUAAUGGAAACUGUUGAACCUUGGUAUGUGUCUAAAGAUCCACCACAGUGUAGGGGUAAGGAGAGAAUGACAACUACACCAUUUGCCAGACCCCAGGAUUUAAACCCAUCUAAUGCAAUAGUUAGUAAACUAACCAGGAUACAGGACUAUAUCCUGAAGAAGUUUGAUGUAGAAUUACACAUGCAUCUUGACAGACUAGAAAUACCUCCACAGAUAUAUGGCAUUCGCUGGAUUCGGUUGUUAUUUGGAAGAGAGUUCCCAAUGCAGGACUUGUUGGUAUUAUGGGAUGCCUUGUUUGCUGAUGGUAUUGGGUUUGAUCUGGUUGACUUCAUCUUUGUUGCCAUGUUACUGUACAUAAGAGAUUUGUUGCUUGCCAGUGAUUACCCUCAAUGCCUCAAUUGUCUAAUGAGGUAUCCUCCUGUUGGUGAUGUCCACUACUUGAUAGAAAAAGCUAGAUAUCUGAGAGACCCAAAUAGUCAUCCAAGACCACCAAACUAUACAUACCAAAAUGUGAAUAUAGUAAAGUCUCCAUCAGUCAGGAACAAACCUAUACCUGCUUCUAAUUCUUCCAUUGUCACCACUAAUACCACUAACAAACCUUCCAUGACAACUAGCUGGUCCAGUUUCAGUAGAAGAAUGUCUGGUUCCAGGCCAAAGACAUUAAUUGUAUCAUCUGACAAACAGAAAAUGUACAAGUCCACUAGUGUUCCAAUGAACCUUCAGACUGAUAUUUCUCCAGGAACUCCACAGUAUCCAAAACAGAAGAGAGGAUCUUCUGCAAGUUUGUCACAGGUGGAAGAUGGUUAUUUCAAAUCUGGAAAUUCAACACCGUCUGCAACUAGGAUAGAAACAUCUGGAAAUGCAGCAUCUUCUAUGGCAAGAAUUGAAUCUUCUGGCAGACGAUCAUCUGGGCUCAGUCCAAAUUCUGAUGAUGGGGCUGGCAGCAUGUCAAAGUUUGCCACCUUGCCAAGUCCAAAAGGGAAAGGAAAGAAGGUUAAUAAGGAAAAAGAAUAUGAAUUUCAAAUUGGUAUUCUGCAAAACCAGGUGUCAGAAAAAGAAUCUUUGUGUGAUUAUGCAUCACAAAAGUUAGAUAUCCAUAUAGAUCGUCUGCAGUCAGAACUAUUACAGCAAAACUUGCAAAAUGAGGAUGAAAUUCUUGUUGCUAUAGCUGGUAUUAAACAGGUCAGAGAUUUACUUAAAGGAACUCUUAAGUUUUCACAGAAUCUAGUUGAUGACGAUAUAGUUUUAAAAACUUCACAGAAUUCUUCACAAGAUUCAUCUUCACCAGAAACUGAUUCUCCAGUGGUGGAUCAACCCAUUAACCAAAAGGAAAGUGAAGAAAAAAGACCUAAAAUAAAAAAAGGUGGCAAAAUGUUUUACAUGAGUAGUGAAGAAAAUUCAGAAGCAGCAGAUUCACCAACCACUGACAAUCUAGCAAAUUCUAGAAUACCAGAAACAAAUUAUGAACUGAAUGACUACACAGAGACACACAAGUAUAGGGCUGAACCAAAAAUAAACAAAGCUCUUCAAUAUGAAGGAACAAAAGGCAAUAAAAAUAACAUUAACAGAGGGGAAAAGGUUCAAAAUAUGACACAUCCACCUGUACAGUCUAGUAAAACAGAAAAAGAUAGUCUUAAUCCUUUUGACAGCUCAGAUUCAGAGGAAGAUGAAAAUUUUUCUCAUCCGCUUGUUGAUACAAAUGAACAAAAUAUGAACCCUUUUUAUUCUGAUUCAGGAGAUAGUGCUUAGAAUAUAACAGUAAUUUCUUUUUAACUAUGUCAAAAAGUUCUUUAUCUGUAACUGUUUGUACUGUACUAAAUGUUUAUGAUUAAUACCUGGAUCGUUAAACAACCAACAAUCAAUCUUAUAUCAGGAAAUUUAUGAAUAAUUAAAAACUUAUUAUAGUAAUCCUUAUGUCAUCAACCAUCUGCGUAUUUCCCCACUUACUAGCAGUUUUAUUUUAUGCCAGGAGUGUUUCUUCUUUUACAUAAAAAAAAACCCACAACCUUAAAAUACUGAUAUGGUGUAAAUAAGCUAAAUGACAAAAAUAUUAGAUUGUGAUAAAAAAAAUCUUUGACAUCCCAUCUUACUUCAAAUGGACAUAUUGCGUUCAUUAAAAACAUGUUUGCAUUUAUUUGGUUUAUUUUAUCAAUAUUAGAGACAUUUCCUAUGAAUUAUACAGACAAAAUACAUAAUGAGUUAUCUCCCAUGUGGAGUUUCUCCAAUGAGUUAUCUCCCAUGUGAAGUUUCUCCAAUGAAUUAUCUCCCAUGUGAAGUUUCUCCAUAAUGUCUAAGCAUCUUUUAAAAUUACAAAUUUUCAUAGAUAUGAUUGAGUUAUGAAUUCACACUUGAUUAAUUGCUUGUCAACUUUACACUUUUUUAAUGAAAUUCCACUAGGAUAUUUUCAGUAAAGCAGGUUAGUUUUCUUGUAAAAAGGAAUUGUUCUUUUUUUUUAGCAGAAAAAGAUAAUUGUCAAAUUGAUAUAAAAUCAGUCAAAUAGAAAAUAAAACAUUAAUAAAUCAUUAUGCAUAGGAAUAGAUUUAAGGAAUAACAGUAAUAUAUUUCAAGAGUUACCACUGUAAAUUCACCAACUGACAAUGGGAAAACAAAUACAGUACAAUUUUCUAAUAAUGUUCAAAAUUAAACAUUUCAAAUAUCCCAUAAAUGUCAACUGUAACUGUAUCAGAAUUACUUAUUGAAAGGUGCAAGACUACGAAUGUAUGCGAGUGCUUAAUAUUCUAGAUUCACAUACAUACUCAAUUCCAUCGUAUAGCAAGUAAAUCUCUCAACUCUAUUCCAUGGAAAGCAAUUUAAUUUAAAAUUUAUUAGAAUAGGGCUUUUAUUUUAUUCAGAGGUACCCUACCGCAUAAUCACCACUCAGGUGUUGGUUAAUUUAAACAAUUACAUUGUGUAGAGAUAGUUCAAUUUAAGAAUUCAUAUGAUAUGUAAAAGGUUCCCUUUUGAAUUUUGUUUCUGAGAAAUUUUUUAUGAAGGCAUGGUUAAUUCAUGGUAAUAAGAGUCGAAUCAAAUUGAAGGAAUUCAUUCCUGUAAUUCAAAUACCACUAGACAACAACACUUAAGUAAUCUACAAAUUUAUUAAGUCUUUAUUAAUUCUUGUAUUUUGUAAAAGUCGUUAACAUUAAGCUCUUCUCUCAAACUCAUCUUUGUAGUUGAUUUAUCCUAGAAAUUUUAAAUCAGCUAAUUCUGUUCACCAUGUGACAUCAGUGCAUAGUAUAUAUGUAUUUUGUGUGAUUUAUGGGUAAAAAUCUUGUUUAUGCUGUUAUUUGUAGAUAAUUGUUAACCCAAUAAUAAUGUAUUGAUUUGUUAGAUAUUUUAUUAAAUAGUCUAUUUGCUGAAUAUUGUUUAUAUAGAAUGUGUAUAGUCAUGUAAAUUUUGUGAAUUAAUAAUUUUGUGAUAUUGUUUCCGUGUCCAUCAGAUAAUUGCUCAUUUAUAGUAAAAGGUAGAAAGUUUUUAAAAUACUUGUCAUUUUUCAAUCCAUUAAUUUUUUUUUUUUAACAUACAAAACACAGUAUAUUCAUGUUGAACAGGAUAUUCAUGAUUAAAAAAGGUAUCACCCUUGUGUAUAUUACAUUUAUUCAAUGUUGGAUAUGGAAUGAUUUUAAUAGUUAUUUUUUUUUUUAUUUCAAAUUUAUAUCUUUCAAAAUAAUCAUUAGAAAAGAUUUUUAAAUAGAGGGUGACCUUAGCCAAAGUUUUAUUUUAGUUAAGAUAUUUUGAGAAAUGUUUGUUGCAUGUACUUCACUUUUUUUUCUUUAAACAAUGACUGUUUUUUUAUUUUUCUCUUUAAUCACACUUUAAGGAUGUACUUAGGUGAGGUUAGGUGAAGUUAAAAUUGAUACUAUAAGCUGGUAGAGCAUCAACUAAGGAUAAAAAUAAGUAAAAAUAUUGGUAGGUAAUGGACCUCCUUUUCGAGAUAUUUGAGAUUUAUAAAAUAUGGCAGGACAAGGCUGACUCUGACUUUUACCUUAUAUUUGCAUUGGUAUUAUUAGGUCUCAAAACAAAAGAAAGAAAAUUAAGAAUCUUUUAAAAUUUUGGUAAAUGACCUUUCAUGAGCUAUUAAGUCUUAUAUGAAUAAAUAAAUGGGCGUUAUGGGGCAAAUUAUUUUACAUUGUAUUGUAUGGAAAAACAACAAGGAGUCCCAACAUUUGACACAAAUUCUUAAACCUCACCUAAGUACAUCUUUAAUAUCUUUAUGAGUAGACAAUUCUUGCAGGAGUUAUGCAUUUUUGGCCAUACUAUGCUGUCUAUUGUAAAUCAUGACACCUUGUGAAUGCAACUCCUCUGCAGAGAGUUUUAUACUUUGUAGAAUUUUUGCCAUCAUGUAGUUAGCCAUGUUUUAGAGGUAUUUUGAGUUGACCAUGCAUUCUUGCAAAAAAGGGGUUUGAACCAAGGAAAAAACCCUCUCCUUUGCCUUUGGAUCUGCCUCUGAACAGAUCUACUCUGAUAUAUUUUGCCUGAAAGCUUUCAUACUUGGUAGGAUUGUUUGUCAUCAUACUGUACACUCAUUUUGAUUUGAUCAUUUCUGCUUAAGAUAUCACUUUUACCAUUUUUGGUCUAUAACAACAUGCUCAAGCUAUGUGACUGUGUUUCACAAUAACACAGCUGCAUGUGACAUUGACCCAUAUAGUCCAAACGUUGCUCCUUUUCUAUCGUUCUCACAUUUCAUGUCGUUUCCUUUUUUAUUUCUUUUUGAACUACUGUAAAUUCAGAAAUUAAUGCGAGGUUUUUAUUAUUGCGAAAAAUGCGACAGAGUUGUGAACCCAAUAAUCUAAAGUUGCAUUUUGAAAUACUUUAUAUGAAUUUAACAGGAUUUUUCUCAAAAUCGGAAAAAUUAGAAUUGCAUUUAAGUCUAAGAUUACAAAAUCACAACAAUAAAUGCAUGCAAUAAUUUCUGAAUUUACUGUAAUAAUCCCAAAUUGCAGUGGUUUUGCACAAGGAUAGUAAUUUUGAAAGGAAUACAUUUUGCUCUAUGUCCUUACAUAAAAUCUGUAAACCAUAAUAUAAAAAAAACUGUGCAAUACAAGAAAGGUGCUGUAAAUUCCUGAAUCUAUGCUGAUCUGUGUCACUUUAUACUUUACUUAUUAUUAAUUUGUGAAAAAUAAACAUUCAUCAGUCAUA